UUGAAGUGUAAACAUGAUAACUCCUGUACGAAAAUCUUAUUUGUUGCCGAUCCACAAAUACAAGGUGAACAAGCUGUACCACCACCUCUUACUAUACUUUUUAACUGGGAUAGCGACAGGUACUUGAAAUCUACAUUCUCAGUUGUUGUCAAUCACUUCAAGCCCGAUGUAUUGGUCUACCUCGGGGAUCUUAUGGAUGAGGGGUCAAUAGCCACCAAACUAGAGUACCAUAGCUAUGUAAAGAGAUUAGCUCAUAUAUUUGAUCUUGAUUAUCCUGUUGUGCAAGUUUGGUUACCAGGGGACAAUGACAUCGGAGGAGAGAAUGAACCAAUAAAGUUUGAUAAGAUUACUGAAUUUGGUAAAGUGUUCAAUCAACCAUCUGUGAUAAUGUACAGGAAUAUUACUUUCUAUAAGAUAAACUCUAUUAUGUACAAAGUACCGCAGGCAUCUGACGAGCCGGAUAUGAAUGUGAGAAUUGGGGUUGCACAUUAUCCAGUGCUAGCUAGAGCUUUUUAUGGAAGACAGGUAGAAAAUGCUAUUCAUCCAGACAUUUAUUUCUGCGCCCAUGAGCAUGUAUCAAAAUAUACGAAACAAAAUAAAAAUGUCGAGACGCAUUUCUUGACUUCAUGGGAUUCAAAACUGGAUGUAUCAUUAGAUGAUGGUUUUAAGUAUGAAAUAUAUGUUCCGACUUGUUCAUACAGAAUGGGUACAAGUAAAAUUGGAUAUGGAGCUGCUGUUAUAGGUAUAUCUAACUCAUUAUUGCCCGCCCGGAGGCUAUAUAGAAAGUGGAGGGGUUUAGAAGAUAAGGAUUUAAUUCUACCGAGCAAACCUUUCGUGACAAGGUUGAUAGAACACAUCGGGAUAGAAAAGAAAGUGCAACAGAAGCUAAAAGAAAUGGACAGCGACCGAGGACUUGAUUUUUGUAUCAUGAGAUGUCACCAUCGAUUUAAAAAGCUAGGCAAAGAUCACCCAUAUUUUAAACAGAGGCAGGAUGUGUAUAAUGAAAUCAUGGACGCAUUGAGAGCCCCAAAGCCUCUACCGCCGCCGCCUUCCAAGCCGAAGCCGGUUGUGAGGGGUCCGUGGAUAUCAGACUCUUACACAGAAGGCUACUAUCGUUCAGUUUCCACACAAGCUACGACAGACAAAAACGGUGAAUUUAUCAUAGGCAAAUUCUCCCAUAUUCUAUUCGGGAGAUAUUCCUCUUAUUUUCAAGAUAUAGAGGGCACAGGGCUGUGUCUGAACUCAUAUCCAGAAAAACAGAAAGAGAAGGUCAUCAGACAAAUUGAAAAUCUGUUAAGUAUGACAAGUGCCACACAGGAUCCCCCACUUGGUUACUGUUAUAAGUCCAUAAUCAUACCCUCAAAAACUGCAUUUAUGAGAGAAGUUGGUUUUGGAGGGUGUCCUCCUUGUAGGAACGUCAUAAAAACUCAGGAACACGACCCAGGUGUCUCAGACAGAGACGUCAUUCCAAAAGAUGAAAUCAAACCAACAUCGGAUGAAAAAAAUAAAGAUAUAAAUGAAAACGAAAUGAAAGAAAAUCAAGACCCUGUAGCGAAAGAUAUGGAAAAUGAUCCUAAACUAAAAGCCGCAGAUCUUGUGUUACAAAAACCUGUUCUAUCAGAGGUAAGGUAUGUGCGAGACGAAAUACUGGGUUCUGUGAAUGAAAAUACUGAAAUAAAGGAAGGAAUUCCAGUAGCAGCAACAGCUGGGGAAAGCAGGUUAGAUGGUGACAAAAACGAAGAUAUAAAAAACAAUAAUUGUUGCGAUGACAAUUUACAAAAAGUUGACCCAAAAAGUUCCUCACAAGAUGAUAAAGACGCAAAUAAAAAUACACCAAUAGCACAGAACCUCACGAUAGAUUCAAAAAUAGUUUUAGAAAAGAAAUCAGUUGAAACUGAAGGACGGAAUGACGGUGUUAAUGAAGUAAAAAUUGCUUUUCUAAACAUAAAUAAUGAACGACAAAGCGGCCCUGUAUUUAGAGGAUCUAUUAAGUCGAAAGAUAACCUUCAUAACUAUCUGGAAUCCAAAUUAUCUCUUACCGAACAUAUUGAAAAUGUGUUUGAAGAAUUGGUGACUAGAGGGCAUAACCAAACUGUUAGAAAGAAGGAAAGACAACUGGACCAACAAAAAGACCAAACAAGAUCUGAUGACGAAACUUAUCGUAAAAUGAGAGAAGAGUUAAUGAAAGCCAUCGAGAAUAUAGUCCUUAAUGCGAAAUCGAAUGCUAUUCAAAACGUCGAUACAAAAUUUAAUAUAAUCGAAUCCAUAAAAUCUAAGUUCACACUUAAUAUAUUCUUGGAUUGCGUAAGAAAAAACACACGGUCACUCAAAGAAAAAUUCAAAAGAAAUGACGGGGAAUCCUUAAAAUCACAAAUAACACGGCUGUUUAGAUUAGAAGACGCUAAAUUAAAAAUAAAUAAUUUGUUUGAAAAAAUUAAAAGCAGUCUGAUAUCAUUCUUAAAAAGUCGUCAGGAAACAUUAAUAAAUGUCACUAAGAAUUUUUUGAAAUUUAAAGAGACAAAUUUAAAUAUAAAUGAGUCAAGUGACAUCAAACGUGAACAGAAUUCAAGGGUCGAUGUGGAGCAGAAACUGCCUGAAUCAACAAUAAAAACUAUCACAGAACCACAAAGUCAUAGCUCAUAUGAUAUUUUGCCAAGUAAUAGUAAAAAAUAA